UGGGGGAUUUUCCAGGAGGGUCCUCUGGGCUGAGUCCUCCUUCCUUCUUUCCUCUGCUCAGACCACCCAGGUGAGCCACUUCUCAGCACUAACAUCACCACUGUGGUUUUUCCCAUCCUUGGCAUCUUCACCCAUUAGGGCUGGGGGAGAGAGAGAGGGAACCACCAGGGCUGUCUGAAGUGACAAAGCUUCAGGUUGGACUUGAAUUUCUUGCAUCUAGGCAAAUUGGCGUGGUGAUGCAUCCACCUAUAUAAGUUAUAGAGUGGCUCACCCAGGGGCUGUGCAUCUGUCGCCGACAGCAGAAGGGAGGAGAGCUCUUCUCAACAGGCUCCAGCAGACUGGGGCUCAGAGGACCAGCCUCUCCUGCUAUCUCCUGAGCCCGAUUCUUCUUGGCCAUCACCUCUCCCCUCUGCUAUGGCGGCUAUCACGGACCUCUCCUUUAUGUACCGCUGGUUCAAGAACUGUAAUCUGGUCCGCAACCUCUCGGACAAGUACGUCUUCAUCACGGGCUGUGACUCGGGAUUUGGGAACCUCCUGGCCAUGCAGCUGGUUGAUCGGGGCAUGCGGGUGCUGGCUGCUUGCUUCACUGAGGAGGGGGCCCAGAAGCUUCAGCAGGAUACCUCCUACCAGCUGCAGACCACCCUAUUGGAUGUCACCAAGACUGAGAGCAUCAAAGCAGCAGCCCAGUGGGUGAGGGACCAAGUGGGCGAGCAAGGCCUCUGGGCCCUGGUGAACAACGCUGGUGUAGGCCUGCCCAGUGGUCCCAAUGAAUGGCUGACCAAGGAAGACUUUGUGAAGGUGAUCAACGUGAACCUGGUGGGACUGAUCGAAGUGACUCUCCAUAUGCUGCCCAUGGUCAAGAAAGCCCGGGGCAGGGUUGUCAACAUGUCCAGCUCUGGUGGCCGUGUGGCUAUCAUUGGUGGCGGCUACUGCGUCUCCAAGUUUGGCGUCGAGGCCUUCUCUGACAGCAUCAGGCGUGAGCUCCACUACUUCGGGGUGAAAGUCAGCAUCAUUGAGCCGGGGAACUACCGGACAUCCAUUCUGGGCGAGAAGAACAUGGAGGGCAUUGAGAAGAGCAUGUGCAAGCUGUGGGAGCGGCUGCCUCAGGAGACCCGCGAGAGCUAUGGAGAGGAGUACUUCCAUACCUAUACUGACAAGUUAAAGAACACGAUGCAGCUGGCAGAGCCAAGGAUCAGCCAAGUCACCAACAGCAUGGAGCAUGCUAUUGUUUCCCGGAACCCCCGCAUCCGCUACCACCCUGGCCUGGAUGUCAAACUCCUCUACCUCCCCUUGGCUAAGUUUCCCACCCCUGUGACAGAUUUCAUCCUGAGGCGGUACCUUCCAAGGCCAGCAGACAGUGUCUGAGCUGGGGAACCCUAAGGGGUGGUCAGUGGAGUGUGGAGGAGGGGGGUGGGAGAAGGCACUGUAGGGUCACAUGAGGGGGGUAUCAGAUGUUCUAGGGACACCUUGCUUGGCUGACACCCUACCUGCUGCUGGUGAAUUUAUGGAUAACUUCUGACAGAAGGUGAAUGCCUCUUCCCACUCACUGGGGCCUCACAGAAACCUGAGGUGGCCUUUACAGGUUCAAAGACCUGCAGCCUGGCCCCAAGAACAUCUGUCACCCCAUCAGGAUAUGGCUUUUUCUUGACCUGGAGGAGUCAAGGAGAGGAAAACUAGUUCCUACUGAAUCAUGAGCCUCCCUCAGUUAUCACCACCACUGGGAAAUUUUGUGGGAUAAUGUAGCCCACAGGAGAACUCAACCACUUUCCUCUUGUGUCUCUAAAUAUGCAUUAACCUUAUUCACAUAAACCAUUAUUUGAAGUAUGUAGUAGGACAAACAGGGAGUGCAAGAUUAUAUCACGCAAAAGUUUAUCAUAGUAUUUUCUCUCUCUUUUAUGGAUUUCUGUAUCCAUAGGUGAUUGGGACUCACAUGAAGUAACAUUCAUUUGUUUAAUCACCGUUGAUUAAUUCUUCAAAUAUUUACUGAGUGCCUACUAUAGACGAGGCACUGUGUAGGUGCUGGAAGCAUACAAAUAUGAUUAAAUCAUGGUCUUGGCUUUUCACUCUUUA